GGUGCGCCGCCCGUGUACCCCGUGCUGUGCCCGACCGCUCUGGCGGCCGAUGGCGGCUUCACGGCGUCUACGCCAUGCCUGGGCCACAUUGACUUCCAGGAGCUGCGCAUGAUGUUGCUGAGCGAGGCCAGCCUGCCAGUGGCCGUGGCGGGCGCGGCAGAGAAGACGCCGAGCGGCGCGGGCGAGGCGGCGGUCCGGGCUAAAGCCUCGGACGGCGCCAACAAGGAGAACGCGGCGGCGGCGGCGGCGGCCGGUGAGGGCGCGCCCGAGGCCCGGGCCAAGUCGGCCGUGCGCGUCCGCCUGGAGGACCGCUUCAACAGCAUGCCGGCCGAGCUACCGCGCGGCCCUGAGCCCCCUGAGGCGGGCGUCGCGCUCAACAAUUUGGUAACUCUUAUUCGACACCCAUCUGAACUAAUGAAUGUUCCUCUGCACCAGCAACAAAACAAAUGUACGACAUUAGUGAAGAAUAAAACUACCGCUGCAACUACUGCUUUGCAAUUUACAUACCCACUGUUCACUACAAACGCUUGCUCUACUCCCGGGAGUUCUAACCUUUCACAGACACAGAGUUCUGGUACCUCCUGUUCUAUACUCGAAGCUGCCAAGCAUCAGGAUAUUGGAUUGCCUAGAGCAUUUUCUUUCUGUUAUCAGCAGGAAAUUGAAUCCACUAAACAGACUUUAGGCAGUAGAAACAAAGCUUUACCUGAGCAGGUUUGGAUUAAAGUAGGAGAAGAAGCGCUAUGUAAACAAGCAAUAAAUAAGAGGAAUCGAAGUAGAGUACGUCAGUUGGACACAAAUGUAGAAAGAAGAGCCCUUGGAGAGAUUCAGAAUGUGGGCGAAGGUUCCACAGCCGCACAGGGCGCUUGGCAAUCAGCGGAGUCCUCACAGUCCAACCUGGGGGAGCAGACCCAGAGCGGGCCCCAGGGAGGAAGGUCUCAGCGUAGGGAGAGGCAUAACCGAAUGGAAAGAGAUAGAAGACGCCGAAUCCGAAUUUGUUGUGAUGAAUUGAAUCUUUUAGUCCCGUUCUGCAAUGCUGAGACGGAUAAGGCCACAACUCUUCAGUGGACAACAGCAUUCCUAAAGUAUAUUCAGGAAAGACAUGGAGAUUCUCUCAAAAAGGAAUUUGAGAGUGUUUUCUGUGGGAAAACAGGCAGAAGGCUAAAGUUGACCAGACCAGACUCCUUGGUGACGUGUCCUGCACAGGAAAGUCUACAGAGCAGCCCAGCUAUGGAGAUCAAGUGA